CUUGAAGAUUUAUAUUCUAAAAGUACAAAAUGGUAAAGUUGAAGUCUUUCAACAUAGACUUGGACAAUAAGACUGGUGUAUAUAUGCCUGGACAAACCGUCAGUGGAAAAACAAUCCUCGAACUGGAAACAGAAAUGGAACUGCGGGAAAUAAGAUUAGAGUGCGAUGGGAAAGCCCAUGUAGCUUGGUCUGAGCAUAUAGAUGGUGGGGACGGCAUAGACAAAACAAAACACUACUCUGGAAACGAGGAGUACUUUGAUACAACAAUACCGGUAUUUGGGAAAGGUUUAGGAAGCGGUGAUGAAAACCGUUUGCCCGCCGGGAAACACGUGUUCCCUUUCUCGUUCGUCUUACCUCCUGAAUUGCCGUCUUCCUUCGAGGGAGAACAUGGAUACGUUCGCUACAAAGUAGAGGGAAUUAUAGACAGACCCUGGGCAUUUGAUGAACACACUGUUCAACCUUUCACUGUCUUAGCAACCCUGGAUCUCAAUCUAGAACCAUCAGCUGCCAACGGUGGGGAAGCACAGAAUUCAGAAAACAUCUGCUGUUUGUGCUGUAAAUCAGGUCCUAUCCUGGGAACAUUUAAACUCAAUCGAGUCGGAUAUGUUCCUGGGGAAUCAAUUUACUUUGAAGCCAGUGCUCAGAAUAGCUCCAGACGUGUCUGCAACGUGUUUGCUGAUCUAGAAAUGGUUACAAAGUAUUAUGCAAUAAGGCCAAAAAAGAGAAUAUACACCGAAACAAAAUUAAUCAACCGUAUUCAACACCAAGACUUGGCUCCUGGUCAGUCAGAUGUUUGGAGCGGAGACAGAUUUGUGAUCCCUCCUCUGGCACCUUCUUACCUGGGAGGGUGCUCCAUCAUUGACAUUAAAUACUCUAUAAAGCUGGUUAUAAAACCACAUGGACCUUCAUCUAAAUUACAUAUCCCAAUUGAAGUCAUCAUCGGAUCCAUUCCACUGCAGUCAGUGAUACAACAAUACCAAAAGACAAUCUCUACAGACCAGAAAUCCACGCCACCAAUAAUACCUACUCCUAUCUUCAGUGAAUCAGUCUGGGGCCCAACAAACAUCAAAAAAGACGAGAAAAGGGAAGAAGAGCACAUCUACGGACAGUUGGAAUUUACUCCUUGUUACUCAUUUUACAAGUUUUCGUAGGCCUCUGUUUUACAAGGACGCAGGAGAAUUUAUAUCCGUGUCUCUUUUUCGUAGUAGGUGUAAAAAAAAAAAAGAGUGAAUUCCAUUGAAUUUUUUUCAUUGGUUAAAACUUUUUGUUUAAUUUUGCUGUAUCGAUUAAUAAGCAUAAAAUAAUUUUUUUUAUUUCUUAAAA